UCAGGACAGUUUCCCAAUUCUGAUAAUAUAAAGCAACUACAAGAAAAUCUUUUGAACAAAAUGGACCUAGGUUCCGAUGAUAGUCGACGAUGGAAUAAUGUUCAUUACGAUAUUCUUGCUCGAUCGGGACAUAUUAACCAUAAACAGAAGUUCGACGCGCAAUUUUUCAAUAUGACAUCUUUUGAAGCACACGCCACUGAUCUUAUGUGCAAGAUAUUGCUUGAAAACACCUACGAAGCUAUUAUUUAUGCCGGUAUAAAUCCUAAAGAAUUAAGAGGAACAAAA